GCUGUACGGAUAGCAGCACAAUUUCAGGAACACCACGACGCGUUUGUUUGGUCUAUCACCAGCUGUUGCAACCCCUUCAUCCGUAGAAGACCGACGAAGUAUACUCAUCGAAACUUACCUGGCGUGACUACGUCUCAUAUAGGACGGACACAUAGUGCCGACGCAUCUUUCGACUGUAUCCAUAACGCCCCUAAUGAAUCCCGUAAGGCACGGCGGGUUCUGAGAGGUCUCUGGCACGAUUGUUUUCCACGACAUGCGUGGCUGCUGAUUGCAUAUAACGCGACAUGGAAUCCGAUGGAGACCAAGAAAUCCGCCAUCUCGUCGCCGACGUGACUGAGGCAUCCAGGGUCCCCGCUAAGCAACGUGCGACGAGCAUCAAGCCCACCGUUCAGAAAUUGGCCUCCAAGGCUUACGAGCACGGUCUCCUCCCCGACCCGCUGAACGAGCUGAUCGACCUGCUCACCACGCCCAGCCACCUCGAUCAGGCUAGCUUGAAUGCCCUCGUUAACAAUCUCUAUCCGGCCGCCCGCUUGUCGCCCGAUGCCGUAUUGAAGGUUGUCGGCUGCCUGGGCAAUGGGGAGCUCAAACCCCCUUUCCCGAUUCAGGCUGGCCUCCUGAGAUGGCUCGUAAUGGUGUACCAUACCAUUGAUGGACCUGCCAUUCUGUCCCAAGCGUAUCCUGUGCUCUUCAACCUGUUGGAGACCGCAGCUAUCAGACCACAGUUAUGCCAUGUCUUAGCUCUCAUCACACGACGCAAACAUGUCCGCCCAUUUAGAAUACAAGCUAUCCUGAACUUGUCGCGGCAGACAGGCAAUGACCCGGCCUUGACUGGGCUUCUGCGAAUCUACAAGGACUAUUACCCAGAAAUUAUUGUAGGCGAAGCUGUGAAGGGCAAGGCCUCAACUUUUAAGCACCCCGACUUGGCAUGGCGCGAAAGGUUAGGUGAGAUUCAGAGGGCCCAUGCUCAGAGGGCAACCAAAACCGAGUUAAGGCAUCAGAAUGGUUUCACUGUCGACCGGCACAUUUCUCACAGGGGACGGGGAGGGCGUCCUUCAGGGGUCCCUGGAGUGCACACGUCUCACGCGACCGAGAACUCGGUUACCUUGGAAGAGAUUGACAAUGUCGAGCGCUUUGUGAACAACCUGGAGAAGAUCGAGCUGCCAAAUCAGCUUGCCGCCGUCUUGGCUGAUCCCUUGCUUCAGAAACUGGUCUUGCUCAGGAAGGACCACAUCACUACGCAGAGAAUCGUUCGCUGGGUUGAGGCAGCUCUGGACGAUGUGCUCACCGGGACCGCGGAUACGAAGACUUUCGUUGACACGAUGGAAGUCCUUGAAGACUAUGUCUCCCGCGUCAAGGAAUCUCCCAACGUGAUUCUGAACUUUCUUGCCAAACUUUUUGGGUACUGGAAUGGUGUUGAUGCUCAGGAACCGAUUCUUCGGAUUCUACAGUACACACCGCUUUUGGAUUUCAAAGAACUCUACCACGCAUUGUUCGGGCCGCUCGGGAAGUGUCUACCCAACACCCUGCCAACACAGACUUUACUGCUGGAGAUGUACAGGAAUAUCCUCCGUAAUUGGACUUCCAACCUACAAUCUGUAGAAGCGGUCGCCUCAGGAACACCAUGUCACGCCAUCUUGGAACUCCAAGUCCACGUCGGAAACGUCGCUCUCACCCUCGUCCAGACCAACCCGGGCACGGCAACGCACUCCACCGCCUUGCAAUUCUACGAGCAAGUCGCCAGCACCAUGUCGAAUCCGGUCCUGGAACCCCUCCUCCGCAUCGCCAACCCACCCCGCCAACUGAUCUACCUCGUCUUCUUCUCCCCUUCUCUCGGGAACAUAUCCCGGCUCGCUGGAAUCCUGGCCAAAUACAAGACCUCGUUCGACGCCGCCAUGGCUAGAGACCGUAAGGCGUAUGGGGCCUCUGAUUUACAAACCUACAACGGGUUCCUGAUGGACCUGUGCAACUGCAUCUGGCGCGGCCGGGCCUUCAACUCCUCCGACAACCACGCGCUCGCCUGCCUAUCCUCCCCGCAGACCUCGGCGCGCUACCACCGCUACGUCGAGGACCUGGGAAUGGACCUCGUUCUGCCGGUACUGUUCGGGUUGUCGCACUCGCCCGUCCUGAGCCUCCAGUCCAUGACGUGUGUCCUCGCGCUCGAGGACGAGGCGCUGGAGAAGAACAAGAGGGCCAUCUCUACGCGACACGGUGGCCCCGUAACGCAGAGCAGCCUGCAGCGACUGGCUAGGGCCCGGGGUCUGCGGCUGGAGUGGAACGAGUACCGGCAACAGGUGCUCGUUACGCUCGACCGCCACGGCUUCGGGGGUAUCAGCGAGCUGAUGAGGAAUGUGAUAAAGGGGCGGCAGAGUGCGCCCCGUACCUCCAGCCAGCCUAGCCAGUCGAGUCAGCCGAGUUCAAAUCUAGUCUGAGUUGAUACAAAGCUGUGCUAGGUGUACUAGUACCAGGAGUGAGAUAGACUGGUAAUCAACGGAACGACAACGACAAGAUCAGCUAUCAGCUACGGUACGGAACAGUAGGGGUUCUGAAGUCGCUGCCUCAGCGCAGUUGCGCCGAAAUCAUGAAAAUUUUAAAAUGAAAAAUCUAGCAGGUAUGCCCGUUGUUGAACAAGUGCAACCGAACGCCGCGAAGAGCAAGUUGAGGAUGCCCUUGCUCAUACGACCAACCAUGAAAUAAAUGGUAUCGCCCCUAUAAAUACC